AUGGACUACGAUCUUGUCCGACCAGUGCGACUCCUGACUGCCAUUCUGCGGGUUUUCCGUCUGUGGCCCAAGGAUGACGGCUUGUCAGGAGAGGAUUGGGCCAACUGGAAGGCAUAUAUGCUGCAAGUGCCCUUUACCCUGCUCUUUGCAGCGGCGAUGUGGGUGGAGGUUAUCCUAAGCGAUGAUAUCCAGCAUACCUCCGAUGUGUUGCUCAUCUGCUUGACCACCACAGCCCUGGGAGCUAAAAUUCUAAAUAAUUGGAAGCUGUCGCAUGUGGCCCAGAGACUCCUCCACGAAUGGAGCACCCAGGAGCAGUUCAAGCUUAGAAGCCUCAAGGAGGUGGAAAUGUUUCAAUUCGAGCAUCGUCGGUUCACAAGAGUGGCCAUCUCCUACAUAAUGUGCAGCUUUGGAGUGAUUCCAUUCAUUUGCAUUCAGCCCUUGUUCGAUAUUCCCAACAAGCUGCCGUUCUACAUGUGGACACCCUUCGACUGGCACAAUCCCGACCUGUUUUGGUAUCCCUUCAUAUACCAAGUCAUCACCAUACCUGUCAUCUGCAUAUGCAACGUGACGAUGGAUGCCGUCAACUGGUACUUUAUGUUGCAUCUCUCCCUGUGCUUCAGGAUCUUGGGCGAGAGAUUGAGUUCCCUGAGCCACGAGGACAAGAAUGUUAGGGAAAAGUUCCUGCAGCUGGUGAGGCUUCAUCAGGACCUGAAACGGCAGGCCAGGGACAUCGAAACCUAUGUGUCGAAGAGCGUUUUUACCCAGAUUUUGGUCAGUUCCUUGAUAAUAUGCUUCACCAUCUACAGUAUUCAGAUGAGUCCUAUCAAGCAGGAUUUUGGUAGAUUUUAUGGGAUGCUCCAGUACUUGUCCUGCAUGGUUAUUGAAAUACUCAUACCCAGUAUUUAUGGCACUAAUGUGACCUAUUCAGCUGACAAGUUGCCGAAUGCUCUGUAUAACUGCGAUUGGCCAGACAUGAGUCCCCAAAUGCGUCGAUUCGUUCUCAUGUUUAUGAGUUAUCUAAACAGACCAGUGUCCCUCAGAGCGUGUGGCUUCUUUGCAGUGGGAUUGCCGCUCUUCACAAAGACCAUGAACCAAGCCUACAGCCUACUGGCCUUGCUGCUCAACAUGAAAAAAUAA